UUACGAAAUUACGCAUAUAAAAGCUCAGUGAAUUCCAUUUCAAUGUGCGGUCAACGAUAUGUUCAAAAAUAUGUUUAUAAUUGCGAGCGCCCAAAUUAUGGUAAAGCAAAUCAGCGAACGAAUUUUUGCCAAAAAAGAUAUGACAUCCAAAGCGCACCCAACAAACGGGCUGAGCAUAUCAGCCAAAUGCCUUGCAAAUUUUUAAUUGGCAUUGAUAUGUACUUUUGAAUUUACUAAUUCCAACAAAAUAAAUUUCUAAAUUUAAAUUUUUUACAACUACUAAUCAAAUGGUGUAUAUUUUUGAUAUGCAUUUCCCCCAAACUGCACCCUAUAUCUGCAUUGACGUCUUCUUGGACCUACUCAAAUGUAUGUGGCUAUCGAUUGCAUUCCGUAUUUGCUCGCAUCCAGUUUUGUUUACCAGCAGUUAACGCACGCAAACGAAUCGCGCAGCAGCCGACACCAACAAUUAAAGCGAAUUUUAAAAUAAAUUUCUUAAUUUGCAACAGCUUAAAGUAUAAUUUUAAGUGUUUAACGCAUUUACAAAUGUGCAACGUUCCAGUAAAAUAAGGAAAACGGAAAUUAAUUUAAUAAGACAACGCAUAUAUUCUUCAGUUAGCAACACAUAUGUAGAAAGCAGCCAACUGGUGCAUCGUACUCACACACAACAACAACUAGUACACAAACGCUCGUGCGACCUUGCCCCAUUUUGUGUAAGUGUUGGUUAAACGCCCCAUCAACCUCCCCAAAAGCAACAAGAGCCAACGAACUACAUACUCAAUUAAAAAAAAAAACAUAUACAAACGUACAUAAAUACAUACUUAGCAACGCUGCUGUCCAUUGCCAUGGUUGAGGAAGGCGGCUGUCUUAGACAAACGGGCGCUUCUUUGGCGACCAGUAUGGUGGGCAGUGCGAAUCCAGGCAGCAAUGUCAAGGGCGGCAAAUAUGUGUGGUCAGAUCGUGAGUUGCUGAUGCAUUUACAAAAUUACACACCACUUAUAUUACUCAUUGACUUUGUGGAAAAGACACGAACAAAACGCUUCUAUGAGGCAGGUGAACGCUAUGAAAUACUUAUGCUUAUAUUCAUUAUGCGCAAAGGAGCACCGUUUUGUGAGAAUAAGCGUUUUCCGGAAGAGUACUGGGUAAAUCUAUCAGUGGGUCCCAUUGCCGAAGCAUUCGAUCGUUUGUCGGCCGCAAUUGACAUACCGGAUCCGCAGUUGCCAAUACAUAUGACCGUUACGGACUUAACCAGUUGGAAGCAGCAAUUCGAUGCGGCAAUUUUAGAUAUACGACGUUUUGCUUACUAUACCGAACCGCAGAUGUUAGCCGAUGUGGGCGUUUAUAAUCGCACCACAUUUGAGGAACGUUUUGGUUUACAUUGGCGUAUUGAAUAGGUUGAUUUUUAGUUUUCCGAAUUAAUAUGCAUCAAGUGGUUUGCUAGUAUUGCAGUAUUACUUUUGCUUGCUAUUUCCUCUUUGCGCUGUUGUUCGCGGCUUUUUGCGCUAAAAUUGCGCGCCAUUAUUUCCGUAUCCGUUGUGGAAGGAAAAGGCAAAGUAGAAACGAAGAAAAAUUGUAUGUGAACACAAAGAAAUUGAAACUGUGCCUUUACAUUCACAAGUUAAUGAAUUCACUGUGAAGAGUGAAAGAAAAUUCUAUAAAAUUUUAAAUAUACGGAAAUAUUAAAA